UCCUUUCUCUUAUUUUCAGCCGCUAAACGACAACGUCUGCCUGACAGUUAAAGUAGGAUAAAACGCAUCGUUUAAACAAGAAAGAAAGCGUACGAGAAAAGCUAAGUGAUGAGAAAAUUGCCAUAUAAGGAGGAGCCAGAGAAGAGCGCCAGAACAACCAAAUUUGAAAACCAAAUCAAACCUAACGGCUACUCCGUCUCCUUAAGCCUAUAUUUUUCAAUAAUUCAAUCAAAUCUUUAUCACUCAGUGCAAAAAUUCAUCUCGAAGGUUCGGCUAUUGAUUUCCAAAUUUAAAUUCGGAAAAGAAAAAAAAAUCAGCCAGUAAUAAGAUCUUCUGUUAUGGGGCCGAACCAGGGUCGAAAGGCUCGAGUGAUAGCGAAAAUCAAAGGGUUUACAGAUCUGAAAACGGAGUCCGCCGACGAAGCUUCCGGGAAGUGGAUUUCAGUUCACAAGCCUAAGGGAGAUGACUCUGAGUCCGUCACCAUCUCUUUUGGAGACCAAUCAACAAGUCGUAAAGAGUCAUAUGAAUUGGAUUAUUGCUAUGACCGAAACGAGGGAAAUGCUUUGGUUUUUUCAAGAGAAGUAAAGCCACUGAUUGAAGAUGUUUUUAAGGGUCAUAAUGCCACUGUCAUUGCCUAUGGAGCAAGAAGCAGCGGAAAGACUUAUGUAAUUCAGGGCUUGGAAGAGGAACCAGGUUUAGCGGUUCUAUCCAUGACUGAAAUCCUUUCUAUGGCAGAGAAAACUGGCAAGUUAAUUAACAUAUCUUGUUAUGAGAUUUCAAAAGACCAUGCUUAUGAUCUUUUAGAUCCAGAAAGGCAUGAAGUUUUGGUAUGGGAGGAUGUUGCUCGCGGCAAAAUUCAACUCAAAGGACUUUCUCAGGUUCCUGUGAAGUCUGUUCAAGAAUUUCAGAAACUGUAUCUUUCCGGUCAUAAUUCACAGAAACAACCUCAGAAGAUAUUGGCUGAACCUCAUCAUAGAAGCCACAAAGGCUUAAUCAUUCAUGUAUUUCAUACCAAUAAGUCAGAUGCUCUUCCUCUUGGGAAGAUGAACUUUGUUGAUUUGGCAGGUUAUGAGGAUGCUAGAAGGAAAAGCACUGAUGGUGUUAAUCUCCUGGAGAAUAAUAAAAUUAAUAAGUCCAUAUAUGCCUUACAGAAUGUCGUUUAUGCUUUAAAUGCCAAUGAAAGCCAUGUACCCUAUCGAGAAAGUAAGCUAACUCGAAUGUUGCGGGACUCCUUGGGAGGGACAAACAAGAUUCUGAUGGUCGCUUGCUUGAAUUCAUCCUUUUGCCAAGAUUCCUUGUACAUGGCAAGUUUGGCUUCUCGUUCUUGUAAAGGCAUCAACAGGGUUAUCCCUGACUCCACAAAGAAAACCAAAAGUAUGGUAAGACCAACGGUGCUUUCUUCAUACAAAAGCCGUAUACCUGGGAGCAAUUCUGCCACUGUGACAAAACAGAUCGGCACACGAGUGCGAUUUCCAGAAAACAAAGCCAAUGUUAAGGCUUCGGCAAUCAAAGGAAGGAAACUUUUUCAUGAAGCAUGUCAUUCCACCAAAUCGAAGAAGGCAUCUCAGGAGGAAAACUUGUCAUUAGAAAUUGUCUCAGCCAUUGAACAUAACAUACAGGAAGAGGAAAAGUACUGUUCAGGUAUUUUAGAAGCAAUAGGACCUCCUGUAGAGGAACCUUCCCCAUUAGGAGCUCUUAGUGCAGAAGAAACUGACGUGCCAGUUAAGGCUUCCAACACACAAGAAACCAAGCUGCCAGAUGAGGUUGUUGUGGCUAACGAGCAUAAUCACGACAAAGCUAUUCCAAAUAUUGACAGCAAUGCAAAAGCACUUUCUUUUGUUGGAGCAGAUCAAGCCAUGGAUAAGGAGAACAACUUUUUACUUGUCAAUGAGAAUGAAUCACCACCAAUUAGUGCACGAUUACAGGAGUUGUCUAAUAAUUUGAAAUUGCUUUUUUCCUCAACUCCAUCAUGUGUAGAGAUGCCACCAAAGACUGAUGUUUCAUUGUAUGGUCAAGUCUCUACUGAAAUUUUGGAGCCAAAAACUCCUGAACCCAGUUUGCCAGUAAAUGAUAAAUGGGAAAUUGAAAAUACCAAUUGCAGCCCUUGGAAAGCACUCAGUGCACAUAGUUCCAGAAUGAAGAAUUCUCUUGUUGAUGAAUAUAUCAGAUUCUUAAAUACAGCUAGCAAAGAAGACUUGAAAAGAUUAAAGGGAAUCGGAGAGAAGAGAGCUACUUACAUUCUUGAACUUCGUGAAGAAUCUCCAGAACCUUUUAAGAAUCUUGAUGAUUUAAAGGAAAUUGGACUUUCAGCAAAGCAGAUCAAAGGAAUGAUGAGAAAGGAAAUUGGAGGGCUCUUCAAUUAGACUCUCAAAGACGAUGGAUAUUGAAGAAUCUGUAUCAGCGUAGAAAGUAUGUUACUGUAAGCUUGCUACAGGCAACUUGAAGUUGCCAAAUGUAUUUAUUUGCUUAGAUUUUUAUAUGACUUUCAGAUAUUCAUUUUCUAUAUUGCUUUCUCACUUGAAAUUGCUCAUACAGAAUUGUUUAGCAUUGGAGUUAGAUGAUGUCUUACUUUUCUUUGA